AUGCUAUUAUUAUUUAUAUCAUGUUCCAUCUUACCCUGUAAUACCGUAGCAGACUUAGCUCAGGAAUUUCUGAACCCAUGUGCUGAUGCACCAUCAGUGUCUGCACGAGUAAUUUGCAAUCAACUGCAUGAAUGGGACAGACAAGCUCGGGCCAAACCACCGGUGGGAUCAUUUGCGGUAUCGCCACCUGCUAUACCAGGAAGAAGUCGAAUGAUCGCAGCACAGCUUGCACCGAUUACUUCCACUCCUUACCAAUGCUUGGAUCUCGAAUGCCUUUGUAUAUAUUUAAGGGGUCAGACACAAGUUAAUGGAAUGUGCUACUUACCGGAUGGUUCAAGAUUAACAAAAGCUACCAGGAAAGAAUACCGCAUGCUAACCGAUCAGGAACGGAAGAGAUUCCACAAUGCUUUAAUACAACUGAAACGUUCUGGUGAAUAUGAUAAAUUGGCGUUGAUUCAUGGUCGUGCAGCAGUUAGUGGUGGUGCACAUUCUGGACCUGCAUUUCUACCAUGGCAUCGAGAAUUUAUUAAAAGAUUUGAGAUCGCUCUCCGACAAAUUGACCCUUCCGUUUCUAUUCCAUACUGGGACUCAGUUCUGGAUAGCGGAUUACCGAAUCCGCAAGAUUCAGUGUUGUGGACAAACGAAUUGAUGGGCACAACCGAUGCAAGAGGAGCUGUGACUGGAGGAGAUUUCGCUAAUUUUGUCACAUUUGAGAAACAUCCAAACAUAAGGCGUCAAAUUGGAAAACAAGGAUCACCAUUCAAGCAGUCAGAUCUGAAUUGGUUCCUGCAGCAAAAUCGGAUGGAAAACGUUCUCGCAUUUACCGCUCCUAGACAGGGUUGUCAAUAUCGCGCCAACUACAACGCCUUGGAAUAUACACACGGUAAUGUUCACAUUUUCGUUGGUGGUGAUAUGUACGAUCCGUAUACAUCCGGAAACGAUCCGUUGUUCUACCUACAUCAUUCAUUCGUCGAUUAUAUAUGGGAGAUGUACAGGCAACAAAAACAGACACGAUAUCAACGUGAAAAUGAUUACUCACCUGAUAAUCAGGCAUGCAGUAGCGCACUACAUUUCGGUUCCACGUUGAUGAGGCCUUUUAUUCCACUACGAAACAUUGAUGGUUUAAGCAAUGCCUAUACUGAUAAUCUAUAUGAGUAUGCACCAAGGCCAACUUGUCGAAAUGGACCAAAGUGUGGAUCAAAAUAUCUAUUUUGUGACCGAUCCCACGGACAACCUCAUUGCGUAUCCCAGGCUCGAAUAGGUGGACGUUGCUCUGGAUUUGUGAGGGGUGAACAGGUGUGUCAUGAUGGAAUAUGUAUUGGAGGACGAUGUGUUGCCACUCGUUCCUCUUCGAUUCUGCCGGUCACACCACCGCUUAUUUCUGUGCCAGCAAAACAAACAUCGGUUGUAUCGAUAAAUGCAGAUUGCUAUAACGAGAAUGAAUGUUGUCAAUACUGGGCACAACGAGGCGAAUGUGAUCGAAACAAGGGUUACAUGCACGAAUGGUGUAAAGUUUCGUGUCGAGUUUGUCAACCUAAUUUCAACCCUAACAUCGAAUGCUCAAAUCAUCACGAGAAUUGUGAGCGUUGGGCAAGAAGCGGUGAAUGCUUAAGGAACACUAAAUGGAUGAGAGAAAAUUGUCGACAAAGUUGUCGUCAUUGUAAUCGAACAAGAGCACAAAUUUGUAGUGGCGGUCGUCAUGAUGUGAAAGCAACACAUCGACCACAACCUGAAAAGACAAGUCUACUUCACUGCAAUUCACCUGGAUGUUACAAUGAGAAUGUCUGUUGUCCACUAUGGGGUUUACAAGGACAGUGCACGCGGAAUUUCACCUGGGUAGCGUGCAACUGCAAAGUGAGUUGCGGUCUAUGCAUUCCAGUUGAUUACGAUUAUGGAACGUGUAAUGAUUAUCAUCGUAGUUGUCCAGAUUGGGCAGCACGAGGUGAAUGUAGCAUAAAUGCUUGGAUGCUGGAAAACUGUCGACGUUCGUGUCGUUCAUGUUUGGAUCAGUGGCAAUUACGUCAAAGAUGUCGUAUUAAUUCUGAUUUAUCUUUCAGUCAUACACCAAAUUUUGUUCCGACUAUGAUCGAUGAUUUUUAUUAUGAUAUCCUAUAA